AUGGUGUUCCAUUCAAGAAAACAUAAACAUAACCCAAACGCCGUCCACACCCACUUGCAGGAGGCACAGUCCCACGACACUAGGAACGACAAAAUAGGAACGUGCUGGUCGUACGUCGGCAAGUUCGGCGGCGCCCAGAUCGUCUCGCUGCAGGCACCGGACGCCCGGGGGCCAAACUGCCUCGGCAAGGAGGGCAGGGCCAUCCACGAGCUGCUGCACGCGCUGGGCAUCUUCCACGAGCAGAGCCGUGCGGACAGGGACCGCUUCGUGGACGUGCACAUGGAGAACGUCAUCCCCGAAUUCCGAAACAACUUCGACAAGCAGAGCCUGGAAAACACGACCUACAAGUUCGAGUACGAUUACGAUAGCAUAAUGCACUACGGCAAGAGCUUCUUCAGCUCCGGCAAGGGAAGGCCGACCAUCACCCCGAAGACGAAGGGUGCCAAGCUGGGCCAGCGCGAAGCCAUGAGCAAAACCGACUGCCUCAAGGUGAACGACCUGUACGGGUGCCUCGACAAAUCCGUCGCCGCCAGGCGGAAGUACUACGCCCUCUGUGAUAUGAUGGGACUGUGA